GAUUUCCUCAAACCGGAGGCCCGCCCAUUUGAGCGAAUGGCUUGUUUUUAGCUGUGCAGUUUCUACGCCACAUGUGAACUACCAUAAAACGCGUAGAAAUAAAAUACUGCAGAACAGAUAAAAAGCUUAUAUCAGCGAUGUGCUCCGUUGUUAAUUGUGACUCGUCGCGUCGCAGCGUGCAGCGGUACAUUUUACCGGAGGAUCCGGAGAAGAGGUUACUGUGGGUCCAGUUCGUUUUCGAAGUCAACGGACAACGACUGAAAGAAUCGUCUUGCGUGGACAUCACUAUCUGUGGAGAACACUUCACACAUGACUGCUUUGAAUACGCGGGUGACUCUGGCUUCGCGCAGCUGAAACCCAGUGCUGUCCCAUCAAUAUGUGUCAAGUCAGAGCCAGAGGAACCAGAGCUACAUAUCAAGGUAGAAGAACCAGAGUCACAUAUCAAGGUAGAAGAACCAGAGUCACAUAUCAAGCUAGAAGAACCAGAGUCACAUAUCAAGCCAGAAGAACCAGAACCAGGACACGUGAAGGUAGAGGGACCAGAGCCGGAUCAUGUUAAGUUAGAACUGCUGGAACCAGUACAUGUUAAGGUAGAGGAAAUACAGCAAGAACAUGUAAAAAUAGAGCAACCACAGCCAGAAAAUGUGAAUGCACCGGAGUCACAGAUUGCGAGUCUACCUGAACCAGAACACGUGAAUCCGCCUGAGGCAGAACCUGUGGAGCCUGUGGAGUUUGUGAUCAAUUCAGGUGACACAGAUUCUGACAACUUUGAUGAGGUAUCUAACCCAUCUUCCAUUGAUAACCCAGUAAGCCCAGUGCCCAGUAAUACUUCUGAAGAUUCCACGUUCGAUUAUGAUCAGGUGCUGCAAAAGAUCGAGAACAUUGAUGUGAUCAAGGAAAAAGUUGCACUUCUUCGGAUGAAGCGGAAGUAUGUUGUGAAUGAAAAGCGGCUCCUCCAGCUGUUUAGCAGCACGUGCCCUUUGUGUGGUUCUAAAGUCAAGGUUGAAAAAGUAAAAUUUAACCUAUUCAUCGUCAUUGAUCAGCAGUGCCUUAAGUGUGAGUAUGGAAAACAUUGGAAAAGCCAGAGCAGCGGCCCUUUCCCAACAGCUGAGGAUCAAGUCUUUUCAGAGAUUGUGACUGAGGAGAGCGAUUUCAUGGAUGAAACGGAAGAAUCAAUUGAUGAGGGUUCAGAUGAUGACUGGAUUCCAACGGAGGAGCUUCUCUUCGAAGAGUGUCUGCAAGCAGAUUCUGAUGGGGACAAUGAAGAUGGCAAUCUAGAAAACCGCAUGUUUCAUCACCGUCAGCUUUGUGUAGAUUGUGGGAAGUUCUAUAUCAAAGAGCCUCACACAUGUGAGCACAAACUUAAGCCCUAUUCCUGCAACAUAUGUGGCAAGAGAUGUGCUAAUGAGAAUGCUUUAGUCCUUCAUAGCAAAGUUCACAAUGAAAAAUAUGUCCAUCUGUGCAAAUACUGCCACAUGGAAUUUAAAACAAAAGGGGACAAAAUCACUCAUGAGCAGAUACACCUUACCGAAAAAGAACCCUUUAAGUGUUCUGAAUGUUCACAGGUAUUUGCUGAAAGUAAGAAACGCCAAAACCACAUGAAGAAACACCCAGAGGCCCCGUGUGUAUGUCACGUCUGUGGCAUGAAAUUUGACAGAAAACAUCAGCUUCAAAGACACUCUAUAGUGCACACAGGAUUGAUGCCUUUUGAGUGUUCUGUGUGUCAGCGCAACUUCAACCAGAGUAGUCACCUCAAAUCUCACAUGCGUCUGCACACAGGAGACAGGCCUUUUAAAUGUCAGCAUUGUGACAAAUGCUUCACUCAUAAUGUGAGCUUAAAGAGUCAUGUCCUGCGUUACCACACAUCCAACUCUAAGCAAACCUGUAACAACAAGAAUGUGAGCAAGAAAGGUGCAGGCCCUGGGCUAGCAGAGGUGAAGAGAAGUAAAAGACCCAGAAGGAUGAAGAGGAGUGUAUUUAGACCAAUAGGAAGGCCAAAGAAAAAUCCUGCAAGCAACGUGGAAAAUGGAGGCAGAGGUUCAAAUUCCAGGUCUGGAACAUCAAAGGUACGGAAGUUAAACAGAACACAACUCAUCGAUGAGGAAAGUGAGGAUGAGUUGACCGAAAGCGACGCAUCCUCUGAUUCAAACGACAAAGAAGAGAGAGUAACACUGAAUUCAAGCAGAUCAAAGGGGAAGAGAAAAAAAUCAGAUAUUGACACUGAUUUUGACCCAGGAGUCUCAAAGAAAAAGAGACACAUCGACCAGAACAGUGGUAAGAACUCAGGGAAACAACAGAGGACAAGAUCAAAUAAAAAUCAAGACACUUAGACAUUGAGAUGGAAAAAAAAAAACUAAUUGAGGUGUUCAGACAAAUACAGAAUUGUGCAGUUUUUAUUCACACAACCUAUUGCAAUCUCAACAUACACUUUUGGUUGGAGUUUUUUUUUCAAAUUUAAAUAUUUCUUUUACUGUUAAGAGUUUUUUGGUUUGUCUUUGGCUGCUCCGUCUCUAGGGGUUGCUACAGAGGAUGAUUAGCACAUUUGAUUUAGAUUUUUUUUAAUGCCGCAUCCCCUUUCUGAUGCAACCCUCCCAUUUAUUCGGGCUUGGCACCGACACAGGGAAUUUAGUACACUACAUGUGGCCUCCCUCUGGCGGGGGUCAGUUCAGAGUGAACCGGCGACCCUUUGCUCACAAGCCAAGUUCUUUUUCCACUUUGCUGUUGGCUGCCCACUAUUAAGAGAUAAUAUUACUUUACUGAAGAUAUAUUUUGAGUCUUGUUCAAUGUUCACUCUUGUUAUAUUUGAAUUAAACUGGACUGAUAUCAAGUGCA